AUGGGGCCUUUCCUAGAGCUGAUCAGCCAGACACUAGUUCACCCGAGCAACCCCGAACCGGAAGUGAACGACAGGCGGCCGGAGAGAACCGCUAGAGGCUACGUCUCCCGCCUUGCCGCGCGAGGAAUGGCCGGCGGCGAUUGCGACUACACUUCCCGGCGUGCCGCGCAAGACGUGGCUUGCAUCGGGCAGAGCAGGGCCGUGGGGCAGGAGACGCUUCUGCGCUCGCUGCUGGAGACCAACGAGAUCCCCUCGCUCAUCCUGUGGGGACCGCCGGGCUGCGGCAAGACUACCUUGGCUCACAUCAUAGCCAACAACAGCAAGAAACACAGCAUAAGGUUUGUUACAUUGUCUGCAACAAAUGCCAAGACAAAUGAUGUGCGAGAUGUCAUAAAACAAGCUCAGAAUGAAAAGAGCUUUUUCAAAAGGAAAACCAUCCUUUUUAUUGAUGAGAUUCAUCGGUUCAAUAAAUCCCAGCAGGACACUUUCCUUCCUCACGUGGAGUGUGGGACGCUCACCCUGAUUGGGGCGACCACUGAAAACCCUUCCUUCCAGGUCAACGCAGCUCUUCUGAGCCGCUGUCGAGUGAUUGUUUUAGAGAAGCUUCCCGUAGAGGCGAUGGUGACUAUUCUAAUGCGUGCGAUCAACUCCCUGGGAAUCCAUGUCCUAGACUCCAGCCGUCCUUCUGACCCUCUGAGCCACAGCAGCAACAGCAGCUCUGAGCCCUCCGUGUUCAUAGAGGACAAAGCAGUAGACACCCUGGCUUACCUCAGUGACGGGGAUGCCCGCACUGGCUUGAACGGACUUCAGCUGGCAGUGCUGGCCAGGCUAAGCUCCAGGAAGAUGUUCUGUAAGAAGAGCGGACAGACGUAUUCCCCGAGCAGGGUUCUGAUCACCGAGAACGACGUGAAGGAAGGCCUCCAGCGAUCCCACAUUUUAUAUGACCGGGCAGGGGAGGAGCACUACAACUGCAUCUCUGCCCUGCACAAGGCCAUGCGCGGCUCCGACCAGAAUGCCUCCCUCUACUGGCUGGCGCGCAUGCUCGAGGGAGGAGAGGACCCUCUCUAUGUGGCCAGGAGGCUGGUGAGGUUUGCCAGCGAGGACAUCGGCCUGGCAGACCCGUCUGCAUUGACACAAGCAGUUGCUGCCUACCAAGGCUGCCAUUUUAUAGGCAUGCCAGAAUGUGAGGUGCUGCUGGCCCAGUGUGUGGUCUACUUCGCCAGAGCCCCAAAGUCCAUUGAGGUGUACAGCGCCUACAAUAACGUCAAAGCCUGCCUGCGGAACCACCAGGGCCCCCUGCCGCCGGUGCCCCUGCACCUGCGGAAUGCGCCCACCCGGCUGAUGAAGGACCUGGGCUAUGGCAAGGGAUACAAGUACAAUCCCAUGUACAGCGAGCCCGUGGAGCAGGAGUACCUGCCCGAGGAGCUGAGGGGUGUCGACUUCUUCAAGCAAAGGCGGUGCUGACUCGGCGGUGCCCGCAGAAGGGUGCUGCUUCCCAGGGGGGCUGGAGGGGAGAGCAGCAGGGUGACAGCGGCUGCCUGCUGCAGGUUAGGACAGACCAGAGCUCUGUGCCAGAAGGCCACGUGUCUGGGGGUGGAGGCGGUUCCUUCAGCUAAACGUGUCACAUUGAAAUUGUGUUCAUUUGCACCUCGUGCAAUGGUUAUGCUUAUGAAUAUCUGGCAGCUUUGUGCAAUGAUUAAUGUUAUAAGGAAUUAUCUAUUUUGUCAUAGUAUUUAAGUCAUAAUGUCAUUUCAGAAUUCAGUUAUGUAGGUUUUUUUUCUUUAAAAAAUGUAUAUUCUGGGUAG